AUGAUGUCCGUGGACGACUUGCCGGACGGGGACGUCUGCGACGACUUCGUUUGCAACUCCUCGCCCGCUGUGGCGCAGACCGUCCGGCAGCUAGCCCGGGACCUCUCGCGGCGCUUCGAGGUCGCACAGAGCAGCGUGGCCGACAAGGUCACGUACAAGGAUCCGCUCAGGUCGUUCGAGGGGCGCGCGGGAUACGAGCAGAACUACAUCGCGACCAACGUCACGAACCCUCAGGGCACGGUGACCCGGAUGCAGAUGGAAGGCAACAAGACCGCGGUGAUCUCCUGGACGCUGCGAGGCGCGAUCAACGGCCAGGACGUCGAGAUCGACAUGCGCGACGAGUUCGACCUGAACCUGAUCUCGGGCCGCGUCGAGGCGCACCGCUGCGCGUGGGACCUCUCGCGGUGCUCUGCGACGGGGAAGCUCGCGUUCCAGGCCACGCGGGCGAUCUGGUCGGUCUCGGCCGCCCUCGCAACGAAGGAGAAGCAGGACGAGAUGAAGAACGACGAUGCGAUGUCGUCGAUGGACCUGAACUCGUCAGGGAUGCCGUCAGACCCAACAAAGUUCUUCCAGGGCCAGCAGAACAACAACGAUCAAGAGUUCCAGGACGCCGUGACCUUCGCCGGCGCCCUCGCCGUGCUGUGGCUGCUCGCGAAGGCCCUCGAGGAGGUCUCCAAGAUCGGCGGGUGA